UGUCUAAUAGCUAAUCCAGGAGAAAAGACAAGUUAAUAGGUUGUUCAAAUAUUUUUUAUUUUAUUUUAAAUAUUUAUAAUUAUCGAUUAAGGUCCAACUAUAUAAAGGAAAGCCGUUAACCGCGGAUUCUUGCUUUCUUCCCUCCUCAACUGACUUUCUCAAUUUCUUUUCUCCUUUCAUCAUUUUUUUUUUCUGAAGACGAUUUUCCUCAUAAUUUCGUCCUUUCUUUUUUCUUUUUAUUUUUCGAUUUUUCUUUCUCAAAAUAUUUAUUUUACCUUUUUCAGCUUCUCUGUUGUUCGUCUUUUGGAUGUUUUACUCUGUUCUGAAUUACCCUUUUCUUCUCCUGGGAAUUUCGGGUUCUAAGAGGUGAAACAAUUGGAGAUGAGAUGAACAAAUUACUAAAACGUCUUAUUGUACUAUUGGUGUACAAAAUUGAUUGGAGGAAAUUGUUUCUCAUAUUAACCAUUGUAACAACAGUUGGAAUUGUUCUUCAAAUUAGUCUUCUUCCAUUUCCACUUUCUACAUGGCUUCAUUCUCCCAUGAUCAGAAUUACAAGUGCUAAAGAUUUCAGUAAUUCUUUGCAUUUAAGCUUGAGACAUGGAAAACACUGGCCAUUACACCAAAUUUCGAUACCUGUUUCAUUGAAUUCGCCGAGUGUACUAAAUAAGAGAGUACAUAGUGUUGAGAGAAAAAGGAGGAGGAGGAAAAAGCGAGAAGAAGAAUUCCAAAUCCCGGCUUCCCCUCCUCCCCCUCCUCGAUCUCCACCAACACCUUUGCAGAGAUAUGUAUGGUCCUUAUCACCUAAGGAAGCACUUUUGUAUGCUAAAAAGGAGUUGAAGAAUGCCACUUUUUUUGGCAAUGGUUCUGAUCUAUAUGCUCCUAUCUUUAAGAAUGUCUCUAAUUUCCAAAGGAGUUAUGAACUAAUGGAGCUGAUACUUAAAGUAUAUGUUUAUCCUGAUGGACGUCCACCCAUAUUUCACGAACCACAUCUUAGCGGAAUUUAUGCCUCUGAGGGAUGGUUUAUGAAGUUAUUAGAAGGAAACAGGCAAUUUGUCACCAGAAACCCUGAGAUGGCCCAUUUGUUCUAUCUGCCAUAUAGUGCUCGUCAGCUCCAGCAAGCGCUCUAUGUACAAGGAUCACAUAAUCUGGCUCCCCUCUCUCUUUUCAUCAGAGACUACGUGAACUUGCUGGCUGCUAAGUAUCCUUUCUGGAACCGCACUCGUGGAGCAGAUCACUUUUUAGUGGCUUGUCAUGACUGGGGCCCUUACACAUUAAAGGCACACAAGGAGUUAGUGGAGAAUUCCAUAAAAGCUGUUUGUAAUGCUGAUUUAUCUGAAGGAAUAUUUAAGGCUGGUAAAGAUGUAUCCCUCCCAGAAACCACAAUAAGAGUACCCAGGAAACCUCUUCGGAACAUUGGUGGUGGGAUGAGAGUAUCACAACGCCCAAUUCUGGCUUUCUUUGCUGGAAAUAUGCAUGGAAGAGUCCGUCCUUUGCUUCUCCAACAUUGGCAUAACAAAGAUGAGUCUAUGCGGAUUUAUGGACCUUUGCCUCAUAGGGUGUCUAAGCAGAUAUCAUACAUUCAGCACAUGAAAUCUAGCAAGUUCUGCCUUUGUCCGAUGGGUUAUGAAGUCAACAGCCCAAGGAUUGUCGAGGCUAUAUACUAUGAAUGUGUUCCUGUGAUUAUUGCAGACAAUUUUGUUCCUCCAUUUGAUGAUGUGCUUGAUUGGAGUGCAUUUUCUGUGACAGUGGCUGAGGAGGACAUUCCCAAGUUAAAAGAAAUUCUUGAGGCUAUCCCACUAAAACGAUAUUUAAAAAUGCUUCAGAACCUGAAAAUGCUUCAGAGACAUUUCUUUUGGAAUUCUAGGCCAAUAAAGUAUGAUUUGUUCCACAUGAUCUUGCACUCAAUUUGGCAUAGCAGACUAAACCAGAUUCAAAUUCCUGAUUAGCAGAAGAGCUGUGUCAUGUUGAUAUGAUUAGGCCAUGUAACAUUAUCUGUUAUUGAGCAAAGAAUUUGUUCCCAAGUGAUGACUACUGGAACCUCUCAGAGAGAAUGGACAGAAAGAAUACAAAUAUUUCAACUUCGCUGCUCAUCUUGAUGCUGCAAUAGCAUCUUGCUUCAAGAACAGUUGAAGCUGCACAUCCAGAGAUAGAGAAUCUAUUGAUUAUUUAGGAAGAUUCAACAGAUGAAAAUUCUGAGGUACGGAAAUUAAGAACCAAGAGAUGGCAAGACAAGCAAGUCAUUUGAUCAGGAAUAUACUCUAUCAUAGUACAUGAAAUACAACACAUGAAAAGGUUAAUUUAUCAUUGCUUUAACUAUUUACAUCAGAGGAUAGUAUAUUUGUUCAUUCAUUUCCUCACACUGAAGAAGUUCAGUAUGCAACAGUUAAAAACCUUAUGAAUGCUAUAUAUUGAACCAACACAGCUCAAUACCUUCCACACGAUGCACAUAGGUUUAGGUUAUAGUGGAUAUUUUAGGAUAUACACGAGAAAAAGAAUUUUUUUUACCCACGAAAUCAUUGAUGUUGUACUCAAUACGAAGUAGUUAUUACUGUACAGUAAAGUGUAAACAAUUGUACCUGUAAACUUUUCUCAGUGGAAUGAAAACUUAAAAUUGUUUAGCUUAUA